AUCUGUUAGAGUUAGAUAAAGAAUCAAGCAGUCAAGAAGAAGAAUUAGAAAGUGAAAAUUCAGAUAAUGAAGAAUAUCAUGCAAACUUAUCUAGGAGCUUGAAUACACAAUGUGGUUGUGGCUGCCCAAG